CCCGCCCUCCUCGACGCUGGAGAGUGGUGCGUGAGCGGUAGGUGCUGCGGUCGCCUGCUUCGGUUCUCGGCGCCGUCUUUGUCCGCCGCUUUGUUCUCGCCGCGCUGGCGUCGUCCUCACCCCCGUCGCCGCCCGCCCCGCGCGCCCGGGCCUUGCCCGCCAUGGUCGCCCGGCCCGAGCCUGAGGUCGAAGCCAUGGAUGCUGAGCUGUCUGUGGCGCCUCCGGGCUGCUCGCACCUGGGUAGCUUCAAGGUGGACAACUGGAAGCAAAACCUGCGGGCCAUCUACCAGUGCUUCGUGUGGAGCGGAACGGCUGAGGCCCGCAAGCGCAAGGCAAAGUCCUGCGUCUGCCAUGUCUGCGGCAUCCACCUGAACAGGCUGCACUCGUGCCUCUACUGUGUCUUCUUUGGCUGUUUCACGAAGAAGCACAUUCAUGACCAUGCAAAGUCAAAGCGGCACAACCUGGCUAUUGACCUGAUGUAUGGAGGGAUAUAUUGCUUCUUGUGUCAGGACUACAUCUAUGACAAGGACAUAGAAAUCAUUGCCAAAGAGGAACAGCGCAAGGCGUGGAAGUUGCAAGGUGUUGGAGAGAAGUUUUCAACUUGGGAACCAACCAAGCGGGAGCUGGAACUGCUGAAGCAUAACCCAAAGAGGCGGAAGAUCACCUCCAACUGCACCAUAGGUCUGCGUGGACUGAUCAACCUGGGAAACACGUGCUUUAUGAAUUGCAUUGUGCAGGCGCUGACCCACACACCGCUUCUGAGAGAUUUCUUCCUGUCAGACAGGCACCGUUGUGAGAUGCAGAGCCCCAGCUCCUGCCUGGUCUGUGAGAUGUCCUCUCUCUUCCAGGAGUUUUACUCGGGGCACCGCUCCCCCCACAUUCCGUACAAGCUGCUGCACCUGGUGUGGACACACGCCCGGCACCUGGCAGGUUAUGAGCAGCAGGACGCACAUGAAUUCCUCAUUGCAGCCCUGGACGUCCUCCACCGGCACUGCAAAGGUGAUGACAAUGGGAAGAAAGCCAACAACCCUAACCACUGCAAUUGCAUCAUUGACCAAAUCUUUACGGGUGGGCUCCAGUCUGAUGUCACAUGCCAAGUCUGCCACGGCGUCUCCACCACCAUAGACCCCUUCUGGGACAUCAGUUUAGACCUGCCCGGUUCUUCCACCCCAUUCUGGCCCUUGAGCCCAGGGAGUGAGGGCAGUGUGGUUAACGGGGAGAGCCAUGCAUCAGGCACCACCACUCUCACAGACUGCCUGCGAAGAUUUACCAGACCAGAGCACUUAGGAAGCAGUGCCAAGAUCAAGUGUAGCGGUUGCCAUAGCUACCAAGAGUCCACAAAGCAGCUCACCAUGAAGAAGCUGCCCAUUGUGGCCUGUUUCCAUCUCAAAAGAUUUGAACACUCAGCCAAACUGCGGCGGAAGAUCACCACAUAUGUGUCUUUUCCCCUGGAACUGGACAUGACACCCUUUAUGGCCUCCAGCAAAGAAAGCAGGAUGAAUGGGCAGUACCAGCAACCCCUGGACAGUCUCAACAAUGACAACAAGUACUCCCUGUUUGCUGUCGUUAACCAUCAAGGGACCUUGGAGAGUGGCCACUACACCAGCUUCAUUCGGCAGCACAAAGACCAGUGGUUCAAGUGUGAUGAUGCCAUCAUCACCAAGGCCAGCAUCAAGGAUGUGCUGGACAGUGAAGGGUACCUACUCUUCUACCACAAACAGUUCCUGGAAUAUGAGUAGCCUCCUGCCCUGCUGGCCAGGAAAAUGAAAAAAGAACAAGUUGGCAAGCUUCCUGACAUGAUCCCUGUUCUCCCCACAUCAGAACACCAUGGUGUCCCUCCCUCCUGUGCAGAUGUGCCUCACACAUGGCCCCUCUGCACUAGGAAGUGUCAGGGUGGGCGUGAGCUGUAAGACUGAGUGGAGUGUGCCCUUAGUGGACAGGAGUUAGUGGACCACCUCUUGUCAACCUUGUAAUAUGCUGAGGGUGAUGUCCUCAGAGCAGACCAGCCUCUGCCUGGUGCUUCACCUUCAUCCCACAUGGGUUUAGAAAGCACCCGUGUUGUUGAAAAUGAGCCCAUGAAAGCUGUAGCGUAGGCAGAGAUGAUGCCAGAGGACUGAGUGCUUGCAGCAGCCCUCUAUGUAAGUGGCAUUAAGGGCAGGGAGUGCCUGUUCUUUCUAAAGUUGUAGAAUAACCCUAGGCCUAGGUUGAGGUCACCUGCAGGCUAAAAACAUCUGUGCUACAGAUAACUUAGCAUCAACUGCAUGAGGAAACAUCAGCCCAGAGACCUCUACCCCUUGCUCUUUCUCCAUGACAGUGAAUUUCAUAAAUGUGAUAGUAGAAAAGUGAAUGAUUAUCAAGUUUAUAUGGAAAUGUAGGUAAUCCUCUUUCCUUCUGAGAGCAGAGUGUCUUGCUUUUUGAUCAGUGUUGUUUCCUUGACCUGUGCCCUGCCUUCCUCCACACAGCUAGCUGGUGGCCAGGCAGUGGAGAAUGGGGUCUCUGUUAUCUUGAUCUUUGCAGUAGAUGGAAUGUUCCUUGGCGGUUCCAUUGAACCAAUCUUCCCGUGUUUCUUCUUGGUCGUUGGUUCUUUUGCCUGUCCAGGUGGUUCAGUGGCUGUGUGAGAUUUGAAGCUGAGUGGUCCUGAUGGAGACUGCAUUGUAUUGUGUCGCCCACUUGCCUCUGCUCUGUGUUCGCUAUAGUUUCAAUUUUACAGCUUAGUGACCAGUUCUGCUGACAGGGUCAAUCAUGAAGUUUCUUGUAAGAUAUUUUGCAUGUGUCUUUGGACAAGACUUAGGUUGUCUUUUUCUAAGAAAUUAAAAUCUAGGGUCUUCGUGUUUUCUCUUUGUGCCACUGCCUUUUCAGUGGUGCUUGCCCAGGAGCCUAUUGGCACAUCACCCCAGGAGUUUCAGGACCAGCAAGUGUUUCCCAAGAGUCAGGCUCUGAGCAGGUCUACAGCAGGUAUCAUGUGCAUCAUUCGUGCAUAGCAAGUACAGCUGUGUUCUGAUUGUCUUAUUUACACACCCUAAAUUUGAAUUACACAGGAUUAUGUGUACAGAAUUUUUUUAAAGACUUUUCUUCACUGACAGGCUACAAAAAAGCAAGGCAGGUUCCAUCCCAGCUCCUCAGCUAGUUGUGAUGUGAUGAGAGGUAGCUGUGGCAACACUAAGUGGCUGUUGUUGAGUCAUGUAAGGAUCACCGGAAUCCCGUCAGGGGCAGCUAAAGCUUCCUGUGUAGUAUAUACACUUGCCAUGUUCUCGUCUCUCGUGUUCCUAUUUCUGCAUUUAAAGUAAAGAACAAACUUGAAGCAUGUUUAGAAGAAGCCUUUUUUGAGAAGCAUGGGUGAGCCCAGACUCUCAGGCAUGGACCGGUGUUUGUGGGGCUCAGCUGUGUAGCUGCCUUUGAGGAGUCAUAUUCUUCUUGUGAACACCCAGAGGAAAGACUUCACUGCAGUUGGCCUAGGGGAACCAGAGCCCAAAACAUCUCCUGAAGGCCUGCCUCCUUGUCACUCUGGUAGAUAGGGCAUCCAGAAGCAGGGGAAUGAGCAGGUAUGCUGGCCAGGCCUGCUUCCUCUCCCCACAGCACACAGCGCAUCUCUACCUGAAUUUGGGUCACUGAGGAGGACAGCACCUGUUUUCUGUCAGAGAGACGUUAACGUUUUAUAUCCAAAUGCAGCAUUCCCUUCGUUACUGUGGGCUUCGCAUUCUAAACACUUCGCUCUGCCUACGGCAAGGAGGCCAACCAACUCCAUGACUGCCACACAUCUGUCUGGCCCUGCCUCGGUGUCCUAGGGCCAUCAGCAUGAUGUCUCAGCUAGAUAGGCAUGUAUAAACAACCGAAGAGCAGAUUUGAGCAGUGGGAUUGGGAAGUUCUUCCAGUUAUCUCUUUGGAUAGCAAGGCAGAAAAAGGGUUUCCCAUCCAAGGACUGUCCAGUAUCAGUGCUCAGAUGGUCAUGAAGUGUCUUCUCCCACAGGGCUGCAUUGCCCAGCCCCAGUCUAGAGCAGGGAGCAGACCUCUUCCCAUACACCACUGGUACCAGCCUCACAGGAGAUCAAACUAGAGCUCCUCAGAUGUCUUCAAUUCAGGAGGUAGGAAGGGAUCUGAUUCCUCUUUUCAUCCCAGGAGCCCCCCACGCUGGGCACUGACUGGCCUCUGAGCAUCCUACACCAUGUGAACCUGAGUGCUGUUGUGUUUGGCUUGAUAUGUAUGCUUUCCUUGUGUAAAAUCAUUGUUCUUUUUGACAAGUGGCUUGUUUCAUUUAUUAUAGCUUUGAAAUCAAAAAUUGUGAGGGGAAAAAAAUCCAAUGAUUGUACUAUGGUUAGAAGUUUUAUUACCAAGACAUUUAUGUCACUGCUCCCCUGUCAUUUUGAGGGAUUUGACUGUCUCCUCCCUGGUGGCUUUUAGUCUUUCCUAUAUCCUAAUAAAGCUGCAUUUUAUUCAGAAA